AUCCAUAUUAGCACUGUAUGUUGAUCACUCCAAGUACAAAGUUGGCUUGUAUUGAAUUCAUUUUCUUGAAACAUACGAUUCGUUGUUGUUCUUCUGAGGAUAUUGUUGCUGGAGAUUUUCUAGCUUCUCUUCAUUCUGAAUAUCAAACAAAUGGUUCUCUCACUUCACUCGAUUGCUUGAGCUUGAGUUUCCAUUUUUUUUGUUGCCGCAAAUUGGAUAGCGAUUUUGUGUUUUCCUUUUUUUGUGAAAGUUCAUUUGAGAAACAGGAUAUGUUGCUAUUUCAUUUGCUUUACUAGAGAAAUUAUGAAAAAGUUUGACGACUAGCUGAACACAAGGCCGCUAUAAAGUUCCUUAAAGUAUACGAGUCUUAUAAGAGCUGUCAACUUGCUAAAGAUAUAGCUCUAGUCAUAUUGACUCAAAACAAUUAUUUCAGUGUAUUAGGAAACAGAUGAAAGAGAGUCCAGUUUUUUCUUCAAACAAUGGCAAAGGGAGUAUAUCAGGAAAUAUUUUGAGUCUCGAAAGUUGUCUUUCUAGGCAAAUCGGUAACAAGUUUCUCUUCCUUUUCAAAUUGCAUAUGGAUGAAAGAAAAAAACAUGCAAACGAGGAGACAUUCUACUAUGAAAAAAUUCUUAGUUAAGCUGUUGUGGCUUUGCAGAAGACACGGUGAUUGAACGAUCACUCAAGUUUGUAAGAAGCCUUGAAUCGGCGUUGAGAUCCUGUUAUAUUCAAAACUUUCUAUUUGUGCCACGAAUGUUUCGAGACUUUGGUUACUUUCUUCUUCUCUCUUUGUUGAGCUUAAGCUGCAUUUCUAGAAUUGAACACAACGCAGAUGUCGUUCUUUUUCAUUUCGAGUAAUGAUGAACAAAUUUCAAUGAUUCUCUUACAUGGUUGCAUACAGUUUUUGAAACAAUAUGAAAGCGAUCUCAGAGUUAUUUGUAGACUUUUUAAUGUAAAAGGAUUCUUAGAAGACAGUACAAUAGUGCUUU